UAACUCAAACGACAGAGACGCCGUGGAUAUAAAAUAUAUAUUCGAAAUACGGCUCUGUUCGCAGUGAAUUAUAAUUAGAAAAAUACUUUGUGAAACAAAUACUCAGCAAGCGUUAGAAUAUACAAAGAAUAAAGUUAAUUGGAAAUCGGAAAAGGGCAUCUAACGUGAAGAUAUAAUACUGAUUUUUACAAUAGAAUAAAAAUACAAGAACAAUGGCAUCACGAUCAAGCUUAUUGUUGUUGCGAGAAAACAGAACAAAUCAAAAAGCAUCUUCGGAUAUCGUAGACUUGUUGAAUAAAGCAAGUCUGACCGAUUCGUGCGAAGGAACUCGAACAAGUUUGAUGCGCCAACGAUCUAGUCCAGCAUCAUUUUGUAGUGCCGGUAGAGUCGCCUGCAAUCCGAUUAGCAACACACAUUCAACACUUUUUCAAUUGCCCUCAGAAGGUCGAAUCUUAAGUCAACUUAGCCCGAUGGCAGGUUUAGCUUCAAGAUUUCAUUUUCUACCGAUACUUCUGGACAAUUACAUGUCUCAAGAGGAUACAUCAGUUUCGAGCAAUUGUGUUUGUGAUCUGGAUUUUCCCUAUUCGACACCAGUCUAUGAAGAUCUUAUUGAACUUACGGCAGCAUCUUGCUUAGAAUCAAAUCAUAAGUUUAGCGCACUGUUGCGCGACCCAGACACCGAUGCACAAUGGGGAGUUACCACUAUUCGUGAAAAUGCUAAAAUAGAAGCGUCAUCAAGUUUCAAGGAUACCGGACUCUAUGGGUGGAAACUUGGCGACAAUACCUAUGUUUUUGGUUUUCAAGACGAAGAUGAUAAAGUCUACUACGUUAGAGCAUCAUCAAGGGAUGCGUCAACAUAUCCAUAUCUGUUGCUAUCAAGUAACGAAGAAGAUCCUGCAGAGAUCAGCGAUACUGCCAGUGACUACCGGUGUUUUUCACUCGAAUAUGACGGUUCAAGCCAAAAGUAUCAUCUUCGCCCUGCACAUCAUGAGUUAACAGGGCAUUGGGUUGACUUUUUUCAUGACUCGGAAAAGCUCCUACUGACUGAAAACAACAUGGAGAAUACUACUGCUUGGCAACUCAAUUGAGAACUGAGACUAAACCUUAUUGUGAAUAAAAACUUACCGACAAUUUAUAUUUUUCCAACGUUAUUUCACCAUUUUGUCAGCAAAAUUAGAUAAAACCAAAGCAGAUAUUAUCUAAAAUGAUUUCUCUGAACUGACCGUAAAUAUAUAUAUAUAUAUUUGUUUUUCCAAAUGCUUUGAUGUAACAUAAUCACUGUAAUUAUAAUCAUCGGUCUUUAGGAUAAUUAUUUUACGGUACAUUCCACUAUAUUCUUUGUCCAUUUAUUUAUUUUAUUAUUAUUUAGUAUUGUUGUCUUCGUAUUUAUUUAAAUAUAUUAAUAAAAAUUAUCUGCAUGA